UUGUCCUGAACCAUCAUCUCGACGUGCAUGAUACGGACUGCCAGCCAGGAGCAGAUUGUCCUCACAAGUCCUGUGGACAGCGAGGGCACUGUCAGGUGCUAUAAGCACUCUAUACCCGCUAUACGGCGAACUAGUCAUACUUCCAAGAAUCCUAACAGAGACUUCUUUGUUUGCGCCGCGCUACCGCAGUGCAAUUUCUUUGUCUGGGUUGACGAAAUUCCCGACUUUCACGACCCAGAACAGGACGACACAGCUAUGGCAUGCGUGAUGGGCUCUCAGGAUUCGCAAAUUUCUUCCUCGUCCCAAGUACCGCCCUCAACGCCACGCAAGCGCGGCGCUUCUCCCUCUUUCACCACUCCCGCUCAGAAAUUUGCUCGAGGCGCCAACGGCACGAUACCGCGAAAGAACUUCAACACGCCCGAGGAUAAGCGUAAGCGCCUGGAGGAAAUCGAGCGCGCGCUGGCGGAGAAGUCGGGGAGCAAGAGCGAUGCUCAUCAUGAGCUUGAUGCUUCGGUGCCGCUCCCUGUGACACCGACGAAGGGGCCGAACACGCAGACAAGGGGCUUGCAGACGCCUUCGAAAGGUCCGCAGGCGCCGCCGAUGCUGCUGGCUACGAACAAAGGGAAGGGGCGUGAGUUGGAGCCAGCCAGCUCGCAAAAAUCCAUUGCGGGCGAGGAUGUCUUCGGGCCCUCCGCCCAGAACAGCAUGUCUACGCCUCAUCCGGGACCUUCGCGUCGGGGGCAGAGCCUUCGACAGUCCGCCUCCGCUUCCUCCCUACGCAGCUUCACCGGCAGUCAAGCGCCAGACCUUUCCCCCGAAGAGGUUUCCGAUCUUCUGGAGAAACUAUCCGGCCUCCCCGCACAGCUCCGCAAGCGCCGCGCGCUCGCCGACAAGCGCGAGGAGAGCGCGAAGAAGAGGAUCGAGGAGCUGGAGGAGGAGAAUGCGGACCUGAUGAUGAAGGUUGAGUCACUCGAGUAUGAGAAUGAAAGACUUCAGGCUCGCAUCCGUGAGCUGGAGCGGGAGUGAUCAUAUGGUUCUGGUCGAUGCCGAAUCUAACAUGCCAAAUACGAGGCAAAUAUAUAUGUUCCAUUGUACUUUGUACUUCUUCGCGUCUUCCUCGUCUAUCCGUCCCUAACUGGGAUCUCUGUGCCGAGCUUCAAAUGCGUGCGCAUUCAUAUGUGUUGAUGGAG